AUGGCACUCCUUCUGCCUCCUGGAUCUGUUCACCUUCUCCAUGUGCAAGGUCAAUCACGCAGCUCGGACGAGCUCGUGCUUGUACCAAAACCCUCGAACCACCCUGAUGAUCCCUUGAACUGGAAACGAUGGAGGAAGAUAUUGCACGUCUCCUUGAUUUAUCUCUACACCUUUACGACAGGUGUCGGUGGUACGUCGACUUACUCCAUUCUGACCGACAUGUCCAGAGACACCGGACUCACCUUGACGCAACUCAACCUGGGAACAGCCUUUGUCUUCCUGCUCGCUGGCUGGGGCAACUUGCUCUUUCAGCCCAUGGCUCUUGCCUACGGUCGUCGACCGACCUAUCUGCUCAGUUUGGCUGGCUGCAUCGCAAUCUCAGAAUGGACCGCGUGGGUGGACUCUUUUGGUUCGUGGGCCGCCGCUCGCAUCCUCUAUGGUUUCUUCGUGGCCCCAGUCGAGGUCCUACCUGAGAUCAGUAUCCCGGAUAUUUUCUUUGCUCACGAACGUGGAGCAUAUGUUGGAGGCUAUUCAAUGACUCUUGCUGGUAGCAAUUUCAUUGCUCCUUUUCUGUCAGGAUUCAUGAACGACUCCAUCGGAUGGAGAUGGGUACAACAUUGGUGUGCCUUGCUCCUGGCCUUGAACCUGGUGCUAGCUUUCUUCUUCCAGGAGGAAUCAAGCUGGCAUCGCACCGAGGUCGAGGCAGAGGUUUCUACCGGAGCCACCGAUGUCCAUAUCAACCAAGCCGUUGCCUUGGGCUCCACUGGCCAGGAUGUGGAGAAAACUCGCCCAAGCGAGCCGCCCGUCGAGCCGACUGCUUCACAGGAUGCAGGAGAGACAUAUGCGAGGAAAACUUACUGGCAAAAGCUCAGUCUCUGGACCAACAACAAGAUGACCCCCGAGCAAAUCUUCCGUAUUGUCUGGAGGCCCCUGCUUAUCAUUGUCCAAUUUCCCAAUAUCUUAUUUGCUGGGAUGCUGUAUGCCUUCACCAAUUCCUGGUAUUUGGUCUACAACGCGACUGCGUCUGCUAUUCUCUCUGCGGAGCCAUACAACUUCUCCUCGUCAAUGGUCGGUGUGACCUAUCUUGCACCCCUACUUGGGGCCAUCAUUGGCGGUAUCGUGGCUGGCCCACUCUCUGAUCGAUUCGUGCUAAUGCUUGCGCAUCGUAACAACGGCAUUCGCGAGCCAGAGCAUCGCCUUUGGGGGGUCGCAACUUACACGUUCUGUCUGACGCUGGGGCUCUUGAUGUGGGGCCUGGGGGCUGCAAAUGAGGCUCCAGUGGGUGUCCUUCUCACAGGAUCAGUCUUCUGCGGAUUUGGAAUCGUGAGUGGAGGGUCUUACGCCAUAACGUACGCAGUCGACUGCUUCAAGGAAAUCGCUGGCGAAACAAUCUUUUCGCUCAUCAUUUGUCGAAACAACAUGACCUUCGCAUUUGGCUACGCGAUUACGCCGUGGAUCAACACUUCGGGACUGCAAAACACUUUCAUUGCAGUCGCAGUGAUCUGUUUCGUCACAGGCUGCUCGUUCUUACUCAUGAUUUGGAAAGGCCGAGACUUCCGGAUAAAGUCUGAGGCGAGAUAUUGGAAGUAUGCUUCAUCACAGGUGGUUAAACAUUGA